AGUCACGCUCCCCUUACCAAUGUCACCCGCCAAACAGCCAGUGAAAACGAUGACCGCGUCGGUAUUACAUUGGUCGUCGGUGUGGAUUCUGGUGUGCUCACUGGUGGCGGCCGAAUCCCAGUUCACCGAGCAGCAGGUUGAAGAACUUAGCUUCGUCUAUCACAAGAAACCCGGAACAUCCAACAUGGUGGAUUGCGAUACCAAUGGAAUGAUGUGUAAAGCUCAGGAGAAAUAUUGUGGUGCCUUCCACAUUGGCAACAACUAUUUUGUGACGGGAGCACAUUGUCUAGUGGCCACGGAUGGAAACAUCCGCAAUCCGUACGAGUUGGACAUUCUCGGAGUGGGCCCCACGGAAGUUCAAUUUGUGAUGCAUAAAGAUUACGGGCAACGUACUGGAAACGAUGUUGCGUGGAUAAAAACCAUGAAACCAAUUGGGGUGAAACAUUACGCUUUAGUCGCCGAGAUUCGCCCGUGGAUGUGUCGAAAUUUUGCCCUCGAAGUUCACAAUCCUAGUGCGCAAGGACUGCGAUCCGGAUUCCGAUGGAUUGCUGAGGUCUAUGAACAAAAGUUUACCUACGUCGUAACAAACAUGAGACCGGGUUCUAGAACAAUCCGUUACAAUGAUCAGCAUACAAACACAGAAAUUGUGACAUUUUGCAAUACGCAAGAAGAUCUCAACAAACAAGAAUUGCACUACAUUUUCAUGGGAUUUCGUGAUAGAGAAUUAUUUCAGAUGGAUUGUCACGUAGCGAAAUGCUCGCAUAUCUCGUUCGAAGAUUUGCAUGUACCUCCAGUGGUGGACAUUGAUAUCACAACUGUACCAGUAACAACCGAAGAUAUUGUGAUCAGCAACUCCGAAAGAAACGAACCCGAUGUGGGAAGCUCCGGAACGGAUUCCGCCAGCUCGGGCUCAGAUUCCGAUAAAUCAGGUUCGAGUUCCGUCGAUCGGAAUCAGAAUCUCGUGACCACAGAUCGCGAAUUUUUCUAUUCUGAUUCGGGUAUUGUCGGCUCAAGACAACCAGACAACACUAUACAAGGACCAACGCACAGCCUAUCAGGCCCGAACUACACCAUUUCUCAUCCGAACUACGCCAUAUCGCAUCCGAAAUAUAUCAUACCACAUCCGAGUUACGAGAAAUCUGCUCCAUUUCCCGAUCGCUUAGGUCCGAAAGACUUUGUGAACAAGGAUCUGGAAUACGUUAACUCUGAGCCGGAUUCCAGUAACUCAGAUCCCAUCAAUUCCGAUUCAAAUUUGUCCAAUCCGAGUACGAUUUCCGUGAAUUUAGCUCCGGACUUGGAUAGAGCAAGUCCGGAUUACAUGAAACGAGGCCUAAAUUUCGUCCAGCCGCUUCCAACCUACAACAUAUCAGGGCCUGAUUUUGAGGAAUCACUUCCAGAUUUUGAAAACAAAGAUCUGGAGUACAUUCACUCAGAACCAGACUCCGGCAACUCUGGUUCGAACGAUGUCGAAGAUCUGAAUUACGUCCAGACGGAUCCUGAGUCGGUCGAUGCACCGCCCGGUAUUGUCGACUCAGACUCAAACUCGGUCAGCUCUGACGUCGCUCCGGACGACAAAGAACCCAGUAAAGAUGAGCUCACGCGAGAAUUUUCCGCAGAUGACUCAGUUUCCGACCUUUCUAUGGUGCCACCAAAAGAGGCAGAGGUAGACGGUUUCGAUGACACAAUCGAAGACGACGGAGACAGAGACGAUGAUGAUGGUGGAGAUUUUUCACCGGUCGAAGCAGCACCGCAACGAGUAGCGGUAGUGUCUGGUUUUAAAACGCGAUCUCCCGUCAGAAUCGAUCAUUUCAGUAUGACAACCGAGCAACCCUGGUUACAACUGUGGAAGCAGCGAAUGUCAUCAUAUUUUGUCAAGAACACACCAGAGGCUGCGAGUUCCGCAGGAUACAAGCCACCGGAAGAGAAGUCCAUUAUACAGCCAAUCCGCCAGUUCGCAACCAAAGUUCGUCCAACAGCUACCCAUAAGCCAUUGAUGCGAUCAUACGAGAAAGUUCCCAUAAGCCCGGAAAUUGUUGUAGAUAUCCAUUCUUCCGACGAAAAUGAGGAAGGGUAUAAGGAAGAUGUUAUUCGGAUAACAAACGAAAAUAUCACCAAUAUCCCACCGGUGAUCCCGGACAUGCGGAACUCGCCAACUGAUCUUCCAGACGUUUUAGAUCAAAAUUUUGAUGAUGAACCCAAUCUUGACAAACAAAAUAAAGAUGAAGUCGACAUGCGUGAGCUUACCGGAGGUUUCGAAUGGCCACCGACGUUCUCCGAUCGGGACGGUCUGGAACCCUUCGAUGUUCGUGUAUUUUCUGACCGAAGCCGGGCGCAUUAUGGAACAAACUUCACCCCCAAUGUUGUACCAUGUGAUUGCACCCAUGAUGAAGUUGUACAAAGAACGAGGACAGUGUUUUACAAAAUUACGAAGAACAAGAGGCCGAACAGAACAACUGGAGGAGACAUGACAAAGCGCACCGGCGUGUCCGCGUCGGCAAAAAAUUGCAGGUUGUAUGUGAAGUUUAUUGUUGCUGUAGCGAUUACUAUGGCAAACGUGUGAUUCAAAUCAAUCCAUAGGAAAUAAAUUACUUCGUGCCACAAGUGUGCUGAUAGUAAACGCAGAAUGUAACAAAAAAUUACCUUAUAAAAGAAAUCUGGCAACACUUCCCAGUAACGUCAAUGGCAGCUACGGAAUCAGUGUUGUGAUAUGAUUUUGAUUAUUACAGCUAAUCUUUGCACCAUCAUCAGCUCGGAGCAUACAUUAGAGAGUCUGGAAAGGUUAUAAAUUCUC